CCAUCACAAACUUAAAGAAACUUUCAAUUGUGUUUGAUCUGCACAGGGGCAGUUUGAAGAAUUGAUCUGAAUUCUGCUCUCCUUUGAUGUUAGGACACAAAAGGAAUCCAAGGAGCUGGAGCAGAGGGAUCAAUUUUAAGGAAGAGUAAGAGAUGAUGAAAAUGUGUGUUGCUAAGAUGCCAGUAUGAGAUCCCUCCAUUUUUGUUUUAUGUAGUUAUUUAGUGCUAUGAACUUCUCUUCUACAAUCACCUACAUUUUGUCCUGAAAUAUAUAUGUGCACUUUGAGAAUGCUGUGCCUAUCACCCUGGUCCUCUAACACGCCUAGUAUCACAGCGUCUGGUGUGAGAAAUUGGUCAGGAUUUCAAAACAGAUCUGUACUUCCAGAUUACAGCUAUUGGUGCUUUGCAGCAGGCAAGAGAGGCCUAUCUGCUUGGCCUUUUAAGAUACCAACCAACUUGUGUGCUGUCCAUGCCAAACGGGACUUUGUCACCUUUAAGGAUGUCGCCAUCUUAUUCUCCAGGGAGGAGUGGAGGCUCCUCAAUAAGUCUCAGAAGCAACUGUGUGAUGCUGGAGAACGUUACUUUGCACUUGUAACUUCAUUGGGAUUUGCUUCAAGAUGGUUCUGUGCAGAUUUCUGGCAAGGAGCCUGGGGAUAGCUCUGGAUGCUUUACAGUGAGGUGCAAUCACAGAGGACCUUGAUGAGUUGUCCAGUCAAAAAGGGAGACUUGUUUCCUGUUGCUCUGUACUACCUGCUGUGUGGCAUUUUCCACUACUCAUAUAUUUACACUUGAGAUUGCUGGCAAGAAAUGGAUUAUGGAAAGCUACCUUUUGAUCAGGUGAUGAUGUUGCAGAGCUUCCCCACCCGGACUCAUUUGUAGGAACUACGUUACCCAGAAUGCGCUAUUUACGGCGAGAAGAACUUGAGCCAAUGAGCAUUUAGGAUAGUACGAUCUUCAGAUCAUGUGCAAGAUCCCUUUGUCCAGAGGUAGGGGAUGAAGAGUCUCAAGGAGCGGUUCUAAGGGAGUGCACGGACAGUGGCAGUAUUGUCCAGGUCCCCGGUCCCCAUCUCCCCGUCAUCUGCGCUCGCCUACUUGGAUGACUGUGCCUAGGCUCAUGCACCAGGCUUAGGUAUCCACAACUGCAGAAGUGGAUAUGGCCCUCAUGCAGGGCUGUGUGACAUUUCAAGAUGUGGCCAUUAGCUUCUCGCAUGAAGAAUGGAGACUUCUUGAUGAGACUCAGAAGCUCUUGUACCUCAGUGUUAUGCUGCAGAACUUUGCACUUAUAAACUCCCAGGGUUGUGGGCAUAGAACAGAAGAUGAAGAGCGGAGGGUUUCUACACGAGCGUCAAAGGUUUUGAGAUCUGAGACAGUUCCAUUCACACAAAAAUCUCACCUCUGUGAAAAGUGUGUCCCAAUUCUGCAAGACAUUUUGUGCCUGCCUGGUUUACCUGGGCAGAAACAUAGUAUAGAAGCAAGUUCAGAAGUUGAUCAGCACCAAAACCAUAAUACUACAGGAAAACCCUUGAAGAAGAAUGCUGACAAGGCUUCAUACCUAUUCUACUUGUCAGCAAAGUCCUUCCCUAGUUGGGAUGUUGAAAAGGACCUCCCAGACAUACUGAGCCUUCUGAAGUCUCAGGUCUGUCCCAAAACUAAGAAGCCUAGGAAAAGCACUGAUGAUAGGAAAGAAACAAGUCAUGAAAGUCACAUGUCAGAAGAAUGUCAAAGGCUUUCCAGUCAAAAGCAAACAUUUGCUCACCACCCAAAAGCCUCCAAUGGGAAGAAGCUUUAUGAGUGCAGCAAAUGCGGAAAGACCUUUCGUGGCAAAUACUCCCUUGAUCAGCAUCAGAGAGUCCACACUGGAGAAAGGCCUUGGGAGUGUAGAGAUUGUGGGAAAUUCUUUAGCCAGACCUCCCACCUGAAUGAUCAUCGUAGAAUACACACUGGAGAAAGGCCUUAUGAGUGCAAUGAAUGUGGGAAGUUAUUUAGACAGAACUCCAGUCUUGUUGAUCACCAGAAAACUCAUACUGGAGCAAGACCAUACGAGUGUAGCCAGUGUGGGAAAUCCUUUAGUCAAAAAGCUACACUUGUUAAACAUCAGAGAGUUCACACAGGAGAAAGGCCUUACAAGUGUAGUGAGUGUGGGAAUUCCUUUAGUCAAAGUGCCAUUCUUAACCAACACCGGAGAAUUCACACUGGAGUAAAGCCGUAUGAAUGUAGAGAAUGUGGGAAGUCCUUUAGCCAAAAAGCUACCCUUAUUAAACACCAGCGAGUUCAUACUGGAGAAAGGCCUUACAAGUGUAGUGAGUGUGGGAAAUCUUUCAGUCAAAGCUCCAUCCUUAUUCAACAUCGCAGAAUUCAUACAGGAGCAAGACCCUAUGAGUGUAACCAGUGUGGAAAGUCCUUUAGCCAAAAGUCUGGCCUGAUUCAGCAUCAGGUAGUUCACACUGGAGAAAGGCCUUACGAGUGUGACACAUGUGGUAAUUCUUUUAGCCAAUGCUCUAGUCUCAUUCAUCACCAAAAAUGCCAUAACGCUUAAGAAACCUCAUGAAAGAAGCAAAUGGGGAUAAGCCUUCAACAGGAGGCCUAACAUCAUUUAGCUCCUCCAAAUUCGUACUUGAGAAAAGCCUUAGAUUUAUAGGGAAUGCCCUCUUCUUUGAUCUUUGUGUUUUGUUUUGAAGUACCAUGAUACUAUAGAACCUUCCCAAAGGAUACAACUACUAUCUGAGCUUGGCCUUCCAGCAUCUAGGGGGAGUGACAUUCCUCAGGAGUUCAGGCAUGCAUAAGCUGAGGAGCUGGUUUGCCCAUACUGAACUGGCCAACAUGCUUCCCAUUUCUGUCAGUACUAGUGUUUAUGGUAGAAGCCAUCAUUCUCUACCACGUGACCAGAGUACAAUGAUCACGCCAUCAUGGUAAGGAAAAGCCAACUGUGCAGAUUGCCUGGAAGAACUCUUAAAUGGAGUAUUUAUGGAGAAUUCGUCCCCCAGUUUUAACUGAUUAAAGUGUGGAUAUGACUAAGCUUUCACCAAGAAGAUCAAAUUUAUUGUCUGCUGAAGGUGUCUAUAAUUUACUUACCUGCUUUAAAAAAAGUAGUUUUUAAUCAGUGUCAUGUGACAGGUAGGUGAAUGUUUCCAGCCUUUCAAUUACCAGUUGGUCACUGCCUUCUCCCCAUUGCUCUGGUUUGUACACUGAUAAAUGCCUUAUUCUUUAAGCUACCUUUACUCUUAAGAGUGCAGUUUACUAAGUGGGAAGGCUGGGAAACAGACUGAUCCUUCUAGGGAAGGAUGGACAGCUUUUAUAGAUGGUUUCAACUUGGUUUACCUCUGCAGGGACAGCAAAAUGAUGAAAGCAAAUUUCUAUUGCUUCCCAGGCCAACAUCAGAAGCUACAGGAACUUCAUUAUUACAGUUUAUGAACAACUGAAUAUGUAUUCAUAUACAUGAAUAUGUAGUUGGAAACUUUCUGUGGUCAUCUCAAGAGGUCUGCUAUUGUGAUAAGCUCCUGUACUUGUGGGAAUGGAAUGAAUUGGCUCUAUUUUUCUCAGAAGAUGUCCUUAAAAUGCCCAUGAUGGAGAGAGGUAACUCAUAAGGAUGUACAAAAAAUUUGCCCCAAUAGCAUUUAUUCCGUAGGCACCAGCCUAUAAGAUGACCACUUAUGAGGUGAUCAGAGUUAGGUAUAAACCAUCUUUGGCAUACAAAAUAUGGGUAUAGUGUAGUCUUCAGCCAUCCAGAUGGCAUAUGGCUCUUGUAAAAGUGCACCCAGCAAUCUUUGUCUUUUGCUGUAUUCACAGGACUGAAAGAUCUGUGAAUGUAUAAUGGUGGAGGUCAUUGUCAAAAACAAUAUGCCUUUGUGGGAUAUUGGAGUCUGACCUGACUGUUUACCUCCAGCCUUGUUAUAGAGAUAGGAAAAUAAGGAGCUGGAGAGCCUGUAGUCUUAGAAAGUAGCUGUUGUAAUUGCAGUCCAGGUGCUGCAUUUGCAGUCUGGUAUUGACAAAACUUCACUGCCAGUAUUUCCUGUAUUAACAAAGGAUGCCAUGAGGAUAGAGUUCAAUCAAAAUGGGGGUUACUAAGACUUCUGGUUUCUGGAAAGUAGGAAUUCUGAGCUUUGUAUUUUAAGUAACAUUUUAUAAAGUUCAUUGAUAUGUUAGUGUAAUGCAGUCAUCUCUGAUUUACCCUUCAGAAAUUUUUAAAAUUCAUCUUUGUGACUUACCUCAUACCCUGUUAAAAUCUUUCUUGUGUUCCCAGGCUUAUAAGUGUUCAGUAACUUACAUUUUGUUUACAAGAGUGCAGUUUAUGAAGGAAAACAAAAGUUCUUUUUUUUUUGUUAGAUAUAAUGUGUUUUAGGAAGUCAUAAAUAUUUUGACAUUUAUCACUACUGCUUUUUAAAUAACUUUAUACUGUUAUACCAUGUUUGGUUUUUUAACUAUACAGCAAUCUGUUGACCUAUUCAUUCGAGUCUUGGUUGAAUCCUUUCUUGAGCUGUUAUGUUUAAGACUAAAAUGGAUAUAAGCAUAUUACUCAGUGUGCUCGUAGCAUUUUUUAAUUCUUCUUGAGCCAGGAAUUUAGUAUAUGUGAAUGCUUUCAUUUUUAAGAAAGUGUCAAACUGAUGUAGAUUGGUGUAGACUCGUGGUUCUCAACCUUCCUGAUGCUGCAGUUCUUUAAUAUAUUUUCUCAUGUUGUGGUAACCCUCAACUGUAUAAUUACUUUUGUUGCUACUUCACGAGUAUAAUUUUGCUGCUGAUAUGACUUGUAAAUAUUUGUGUUUUCCUAUGGUCAUAGGUAACAUCUGUGAAAGGGUCAUUUAACUCCCAAAGGGGUCACGACCCACACAUUGAGAACCACUGAUGUGCAAAGUAAAUGAACAUUCUUGCUAGUGCUUAGUGUGGUUAAUGUGUUUGUUUUGAGCCAUUUUAAUAGCUGUGUAAUAACACAUUGUAUAGCCUUGUUGGCUUUUUUGGUGUUUUAUGAUACUGAAUAUUUUUGUGUUUAUUUGCCAGCUGUAUGUCUUUAAAACUUGUUAUUCUGCCUAUUUUCAGAUGACAAAUCCUGUUACUGUCCUUUUCAUUAAUAAAUAGAUGUACACUAACAA